AAACCCAAAGCAAAACACAUUUCUGCAUUUCUGCUAAACCUCUGCCUACAAUAACGACGGCGCCGUCGACGAUCUCCGCCGGAACCGCCGCAUUCCGGUUACCAACCAACGCCGCAUUCCGGUUACCAACCAACGCCGCAAUCCCGACCUACUGCUCACUACUGCUCAUUUCACGAUUUAGCUUCACAUUCGUAUAGAGCUUCUCUUGUGUUCCCGAAGCCGCUAAAACCCUUUCACUCUCACGCUAUUGAUUACUGAAAGGGUUUUGGAUUUCGUAAUUUCAAUUCCGAGUUACUCUUACAUUUGAAGCGUUGUUCUGUGGAUUCCUUUUGUGGUGUUGCGUGGAAGUUACGUGCGCUUGUUCAGAGAAUUACUGUGAAGUAAUAAUGGCCGCAUGGUCUUCUAGAAAGCUGCUCAGAGAUGCUUUUCUCAAAAGAGGUCUUUUGAAUCGAAGUUCAAGCGUCAGAGGUUUUUCUUCUUCUGCACCUGAAAAUGCUCCUAAGAUUGGUUAUUAUUCAAAGAAAGGAAGACUAUUGACAGGAGCCACCUUAGGGCUAGUUAUAGCUGGCGGAGCUUAUGUGAGUACUGUGGAUGAAGCUACUUUCUGUGGAUGGUUGUUCUCAGCAACCAAACUCGUGAAUCCUUUUUUCGCUUUGAUGGACGCCGAGGUUGCGCAUAAACUAGCCGUCUCAGCUGCAGCUCGUUGUUGGCUUCCAAGGGAGAAGAGGCCCGAUCCACCAAUCUUAGGGUUAGAGGUUUGGGGAAGAAAGUUCUCUAACCCAGUAGGUCUUGCUGCAGGGUUCGAUAAAAAUGCUGAGGCCGUGGAUGGCUUACUUGGUUUGGGCUUUGGCUUUGUGGAGGUUGGUUCUGUUACUCCUGUCCCUCAGGAUGGAAAUCCAAAGCCUCGAAUGUUCAGGUUGCGAGAAGAAGGCGCUGUUAUAAAUAGAUGUGGCUUUAAUAGUGAGGGGAUUGUUGCUGUGGCAAAACGGUUGGGUGCUCAGCAUGGUAAGAGGAAACUAGAUGAAACUUCAAGCACCUCAAAUAAUGAAGUCAAAAACGGUGGAAAAGCUGGCCCUGGCAUUCUUGGUGUUAAUCUCGGCAAGAACAAGACUAGUGAAGAUGCUGCAGCAGACUAUGUUCAAGGAGUGCAUACAUUGUCCCAAUUUGCUGAUUAUUUGGUGAUUAAUGUUUCAUCACCCAAUACCCCUGGCUUGCGCAUGCUCCAAGGAAGAAAGCAAUUGAAGGAUCUUGUGAAGAAGGUUCAGGCUGCACGUGAUGAAAUGCAAUGGGGUGAGGAAGGCCCUCCUCCAUUGCUGGUAAAAAUUGCACCAGAUUUGUCGAAAGAAGACCUUGAAGAUAUUGCAGCAGUUGCCUUGGCUCUUCACUUGGAUGGACUGAUUAUAUCAAAUACAACUAUUUCAAGACCAGAUCCUGUCAAUAUAAAUCCAGUGGCUACAGAAACUGGCGGCUUGAGUGGGAAGCCUCUCUUCAAUCUGUCUACCAAUAUCUUGAAAGAGAUGUAUACUUUGACAAGGGGCAAGAUUCCUUUGAUUGGCUGUGGGGGCAUUAGCAGUGGUGAGGAUGCAUAUGCGAAAAUACGAUCUGGAGCUACUCUUGUUCAGCUCUAUACAGCAUUUGCUUAUGGGGGACCCGCACUCAUUCCUCAAAUAAAGGCCGAAUUAGCUGAAUGCUUGGAAAGAGAUGGUUUCAAAUCCAUCCUUGAUGCAGUUGGUGCAGAUUGCAGAUGAAAUUGAUCCUCAUUUGAAUUCCUUGAUGUAAGGAAGCAUAAUAUCAUUAUAGGUUGUUGCAAUGUUCCAUUUUUGGCAAUGCCAAAUUUGCACUUUUUUUAGCUUUACUUUUUCCUCACUCUUCUCUUAUAUAUUGCUGUCUACCUUAAGUGGGUUUGGCCAUGUGUUUUGUUUGAAUUGUAAAAGCUAAGGUUUUUUUUAUGCAAUUCAGGCAAUUUUUGUUUUAGAGUGGUGAUGAUUGUUUGGCAAUAAAAGGCCAAAUCAUUGAGAAAUACUUGUGUAGCAUAAACCCAUACAUGAUCAAGUUAUGGAGCAUAAAGUUAAAAUAAACUUAUCAA